GCGUUUGGUGUUGCAUAUCUACGUUCCGAGUUUUCCUCACGGGUUGCAUUCUGUAGUAUCUAUCUAUAGCUGAUGUGGUAAGCGGAGUGAGGCGUGAGAAAAUAUUCCUUAUUUGUAGUGGCGUGUUUACGUUUUGUGUGUGUCGAGUGUUGGCUUUCGCAUUAUAUGCACCAAAAGUAGAUAUUAAAUCAUUAUCAAUCUUUGAUCUGCUUUUCAUAAAGUGAACGACAUAAGAAGCAAAAUAAGGAAUCAUCGAAACAGGCAGUGCAUUGGCGAGCUGAAGAAAUAAUUGAAGCAGAAGGUGAAAAUAUGUAAUCGAAGAAUUUGGCUGUUGGAUAGGCUCAUGCUGAUAAUUCGUUGUCAUUCGUGGUGAACGAUAGGUGUUUGUGGAUUGAGCUUCGAGUAUGAAAAGAAGAAUUACUUGGCAACAAUCUGGAAAGUGUCUCUAAGGAUGAGGCAUCAAACAACUAUGGCUAUGUUAAAUUAAUGGGAUCUGCGGUUAAUUGCAGCAUGGUGGAAUUGGAAGCAAGAAGAUAUUCUUAAACUCAACCUCGUAACACCAUGACAUUCACGUGAUGGAUACGGAAAGCAUCGUCAGUGAACCUUCACCUAGCAUGAGAGGAUUUCCGACCGAGAGAUCCACAUCAAUGACCGUUCUAUCGCCUCAGGGAAAUACACAUCAGCAACAACAACAACAACAACAACAACAACUACAACAACCACCGAGGGUUUCUCAACUGGAAACGCUGGAAGCAAAGAUGGCCAGCAUAGAAGUUUCGCUGAGUACUGCGACACCUCGUCGGCGGAAGGGAACCUCUCUCGGAGGAGGCUCUCUUUCGGCCAGAUCAUCGCCACGACCGGAAUCUGCUCCAAGCAGAGAAAUGCGAUCUGCCCUUCAGGAUCGAGAAGCAGUCAUUCAAAAUUUGCGAUUGCAGCUCGGACUGGGUAAACUUCCUAGACCGACGGGACCAGCACUUGACGAUGUUGAACGACCGGCUGCCGAACAGAAGCUUAUGAAGUUGCGUUCCGAUGUCGAAAACAAAAAGGUGGCUAUAAGAAACUUAAAAAUCACGCUGGAUAAGUUGGACAUUACCGACAACAUUGACAUAAGAAUCCGCCAGGCCGAGCUGGAAUACGCACUGGGCAGAGAAGAACUACAGCUAUUGUCGCUAGUGGAGGAAGGAAGAGCACUCCAGGCUCGAUUAGAGAAAUCAAAACCCGAAUCUAACUCACUGUACGGAAUGCUGCAAUCUGGUGUCAAUUUGAGCCUACAAGCUGUCAAAGCAACACCAGGCCGAUGGAAUGCUAGUAUGAAGACGGAUUUUCCUGGUUUCUGGGUUGACUGGGCUCUGGAUGGCGAAGGUCUUCAGCGAGGCGAUCGUAUCAUUGAAGUAAAUGGAAAAAUCGUCCCAGGUAGGACAAGAGAAGAACUACAGAAGCUCAUGAGCACUUCUGGAAAAUGUGAAAUGGUUAUUCUGAGAAAAAAAUCAUUGCCAUUUUCUCAACAGCAGCUGCAACAGUCGCAAGCCGAUAAUGUGCGGCUUCAACAUAGGAUAUCAUACUUAGAAGAUCAAGUGAGAGAACUGAUAGCUGCUAGAGACAAUAAUACAGAUAGUGGGAGUUCCCAAGCGAGCAUAAUAAAUGGUAGUGGUGGAGCACACGUUACGUCAAUCAGUAUAACGUCACCACCUUCAACUCCUCCGGAUAAUAAGCCACAAGUCUACCAAAGAGGUUCAUUUGUCACGACCAUCAUAGACGGAAAACCAUCUAAAAUUCCACCAAACAGUGAAAGUCCAAAGACAAAUCAUGGUCACGUGACCACAACAACGAUUAUCAAAGAAUGUGAUAAAAUUAACGGAGAAUUAACAAGUGGCAACGUUCUCAAACACAAUCUCAGGAACUCCAUGUCGUCAUCGAAAAUAUCCAUCAACAGUGAUAUGAGUAGCAGUACGGCACAAUACUAUCAGAAAAAGGAACGUGAUAAACGUGAACGCGAAGCACGCCGAUUAGAGCGUGAAAGAUACAUGCAACAGUAUGGGUCUAAACUACAAAGAAGCACUAAUGAUUUGGACAGUGAUUCUGAUCGACGCCAUCUUCAUUAUCAUCGAUCUCAUGCAAGAAGCGUGGAAUAUCUCAAUGGAACAUCAGACAGGCGCAAACUAACCCUUCCUAGCGAAUCUAUCUCGCGACGAGAAAUGAGAAGUGUGAAAAGCUUAGACUUUGAGAGUGAUAAUAAUGAACAAUAUGCGUCUGAACCAUCUGGGCCAAUAAGAAUGAGACCUGCUCCACCAAAGAAACCGCUUCGUUUGUCCUUACAGCGAGCGCAAAGCCUUCAAACUGUCGAAGGUAUUCUGAUAGACGCAUCAACCGACAAAAAACGUGGCAUGAAACGAUCUCAUCGCAGUGGGAAAAGCUCAGAUAUGUCUGCACAGUACAUUGAGAACAACGUUCCUCUUCAAACUGCAUCUCUAGGUCGGCAGAAAUACAUAUGAAAAGUUUGCCAUCGAAAGUUAUGUUUAACGUACUGAGAAAAAAAAAGAGUUAAGCAAUGUUUAUAAAUAGAGUGCAUUAUAUUGAAG